AUGAGAGAAAAUAUUUCCCGUAUUUUCCUCUUCUCUGCCUCUUCAAAAGCCGCACUGCUAAGCCAUAGUACACGCAAUAAUAUCAUAAAGCCGCACACCCAAUGUAGUUGA